AUGGGGUCAGGGAGCAAAAUAAAGUUUGCUGUUUGUGAGGUUCUGCAGUUCGCCAGCUUUUGCGUUCCUCUUUUUAUCAUAAUGCAACGUUUUGCCCGAAUAGUAGCUCGAGUGAAAAGCCAACUUCAACCAUCUGGUGGGAAUUCUACUACAGCGUAUUGGCUAAUUGUGGCUUCAUCUGUGGCCUAUGUAACAACAAUGGCAAUGCUGAUAUGGCUACCUAUGAAGUACAUGGUGUUUAUGAAGAAAAGGGUACUGGUUGGACGAAAAAAGUGGAGACCUGUUGCUUUGGCCUAUGUGCUUCUUUCAACAUUGCCCUGUUUUGCCUUUCUUAUGGCCAGCUCUGAGGUACAGAUUAGACAUAAUCUGAGGUUGGACACAUUUGCUGAACUGCCAGUGUCAUUGGUUCUUUUCUCCCUGAUCUGCAUUGAUAUAGUGGAAAGAAUCCGACAUUGCAGACUUACCGGUCAAGCUAAUGGACUAGUUCGGGAUCCAGACAUUCCCUCUACAUUGCUGACACAUGUAGGAAGAAUUACUCCUAUUGUCACACCCAUGACGGGUACAUUUCCUGCACCAACUACUGUCCCAGGUAUACCUGGAAGUGUUCCAGGAGUGCCAAACAAUGGAGCAGUUCCAGGUCAUCUGGGCAACAGAACAGUUCCAGGAUUGUCUGGGAAUGGUGUCAUUCCAAGAGUCCCAGUCAACCACGGACAGCAGCCUGGCAUUGCCGGAAUGAGUCCACAUUCUGGCAUACCCUUCCAAAACAUUGCCUCUCCUUAUACUGGACCACUCAGCUUCCUACUGGCGAGCGACUCUCGUGCUGAAGUCUUUGCUGACAGUUUCCUGUUUUGGUUGGACACAGUAGAGAUGGUUCGAGUAGCAAGCCACACUGCUGUAUAUUUUUCUGGCUGGGCAUUACCAGUUUACCUUUUCUGUUUUUUAUCUACAAUGCGAAUAGUCCUAACACCUCACAGUCCCCUCCUCUCACCAUUGGGUGUUCUCCUUCAGGACCUCCCCUUCUUAGUCAUGAGAAUGGCAUUGAUUGGCCUUUUUGGUUUUGUAACACCACUGCUAUAUGUGAUGAAGAAUUUGCUAGUCUGUCUGGCCUACAUUUACUUUAACUUCAUGACAAAACUCAGGAUCUUCAAUACUGAGAGGUUGUUCUAACUAAACUGCUAUGGAAAAUAACACUAGGGGUACAUUUCCCAAAACCAUUGUUAGCCAGCUAAGAUUGCAAGUGCCCUUGCUACAAACAUAGUUUGGUGAACAUUCGCAAACAGCAUCGCAGUCUUGUGUGGUUGGAAUGAUACCUCUAGACUCGUGGAUAGAAGCAUAGAUCCUGGCUGUGAAGAAAAGUGUUAUUUAGCCUAUAUAACAAAAAGAAAUCAGGAAAACAAAGCUUUUAACAAUUAGCUUUAACCCUAAUUAAACACACCUGAUCAAACUAUUGAGUAAUUGAGCAGGGCCUGAACUCCACUCCACAGGGCUUUGUCAACCCUGCUCUGCAUAUAUACACUAAGCAUUUAUGCACUUAUACACCCAAACAUGUAGUGUAUGAGUUUAGUGUCAUCCUAAAUGGAACACAAUUGUUAUUUUAUUAUUAUUUUUUACUGAUGGAAGUUCCCCAGUUGACGUUUAAUGGUUGCCAGAUUAGUAAAAAAAAAUUACCAAACUACCUAGUAGUAACUGUCAUCAGUACAACCACACUCACCAUAGGAAGGUGACAUAAUCGCUACAUUUAUUCAUUCAUUCAUUCAUUCAUUCAUUUUUCUUAGGCCUAGUCCCUGACUUUAUCAGUGGCCACCACAACCGAAUGAACACCCGCAACCUAGCACUGUGUUGGGAAACAGAAGCUGCGUGCCAAAUGGCUCACUAUACACUAUAUACUUUUGCACUUACACACUCAACAGCAUAGUAAAUGUAUGUAGCGUCAUCCCAAAUGGAACACUAAUGUUUUUUACUAAGCAGAAAUUCAAACCGUUUCCCUGAUGACGUUUGACGGUUGCCAUAUAAGUGAAAUAAAUGACCAAACUACCACAUAAUACCUGCCAUGAGUAUAACCGCAUUCACAAUCGGGAAGCACUAUAAUCACUCUCGUAGGAGAAUUUUGCUUUCACAAUCCAAAAUAAAUAAAGUAAUCCAACAUGCGCACCCGAUAGCUCCGCCCCUUCCGCUACGUAAGCAACUCUGCGACUGUUGAAUGCGUGAAGUGUCCAUCAUUACACACUUCAUUUUACCGGCUGAAUGAGUGCAUCAUCCGGGUAAUUAAAGUGAAUUUAUUAUUUUUAGAGUUUUUAGUGUGAACCCACUACUCACUCUACUUAUACUACAAAAUGGCGUUGAAUAGUGCAUAAGUAUGCGAUUUGGGAUGCACCUAUACACUCUCUCAGUCACACAUGCACACACUCAUACAAAGUCCCUGUUUACAGUAAUACGUUUUAGUUUUAAAACGCAAACAUUUUGCUAUGGUUACACCUUCCAUCCACACUACACCCUGAGGAAUGGCUGCAGACGUUCACCUCUCUGACUGGGGCCUUGGUCCUUAAUAUUAAGUGCACAAAGAUCAGUCUUGCACCCUAUCUAUAAGUUCAGACUUCGCAAGUUUGACAUGGAAAACAAACUCCUGAGGACAUGUCAGGUACAUCUUCAAAGGGAACAGUGUACUUUUUAACGUCAUUCACAUCAUCCUGGCUAUGUUGCUUCACUAUCUUAACAAUAAAAUGA